AUGCUUUUAAGGAUUUUCAUAUUAUUAAUAUCUCUCAGCAAUGUAUUUACAGCAGAGUCGUGGAGAAAACCUGGAUGUCACCGAAUCGGACAUACAAGGACCGUCAGCAUACCAGAUUGUGUUGAGUUUAAAAUAACAACAAAUGCCUGUCGUGGAUUUUGUGAGUCUUGGUCUUUGCCGAGUAUAAUGCUGGGUUUUAAGCGGCAUCCUGUCACUUCUUUGGGGCAGUGCUGUAAUAUAAUGGAAUCUGAAGACGUACCUGUGAAAGUAUUGUGCCUGGACGGAGAAAGAAAUUUAGUAUUUAAGUCAGCUGUUUCGUGUGCAUGUUAUCAUUGUCAAAAAGAGUAA